UAAUGGGAAAUUGUGUUUAAGAGAGAAAACCUUAGCAUACACUAUUUGAUGCUCAAGAGUUAAAAAAACUUAAUCAAGUAUUUGAUCAUUAUUGUGAUUUAUAAACUGAGUAUCAUUAUUAUAAUCUUUUAGUACUCGCAAAAACAGACACCUAUCAUAGUAAAACUUUGAGGAAAUCUUCAUUGAGAAUCCUGAUUUUGGUAGAAGGUUCUUUCGCUUUCUAGAGGUAUAUGGUUAAAAGGAAAAAUAUAUACAUAGAGAUGUGUUGUUUUACAUUUGUAAUUAUUAUUUAAUAACGAAUAGUGGAGGUUCUAUUAAAAGAUGCCUCAUCUGUGAAUUAAUUGAAAAACUUAAAUAAAAUAGAACUAUUUUCACUAAUAAGCCUAAAAUCAAGCCAAUAUAUCAACAAUAAAGAAGAAUUACAUUCAUAUAAAAUUACUUAUUUAGACGCUAUAACAAUAAUAAAUGACAUUCUUAAAAUUAGAUUGAAUGGAGAUAAUUUUUAGAAUAUUGAUGAAAAAGCUAGCAGAGCAUUAUUGGAUUCAUUAUUUAAAUCAGAAAAUGGAAUUAUUGAUUGGUUUGAAUUAAUCAAACAACUUAGAAUUCGUCUUGGUGGAUUGUCAGGUGUGAUCAAAUAAUACAUGAAAACCAAGUUCUUUUUAUUAGAUACAGCACUGGAAGUACCCUAAAUGAAUACAACUUCAUAUCUAAUAAAUGAAGAUCUAAUAUUUUAAUUAUAGCUUAGUGCCCAUGAGACUAAAUUAAAAGGAGCAAUCAAAUUGGAACUCCUAUAUUCCAAUCUAGUACAUAAUGGUGGAUUUAAAUAAAUGAUAAAUAAUAUUAUUUAAUCUGGAUUACCUACACUAAUUUUAAUACAACAUGAGGAAUUAUAUGAUGCUCUACAUGACAAAAGCAAUAUUUUAAAAACUUAUACUUUUGGAGCCAUCUCUAAUCAAAGAUGGUUCGAUACUGCAUAGUCAUAAGGAGAUGCAAAAGACUGUAUCUUUUCUUUGUACCCUUAUUUUGUUGUUUAUUAAGCCAAAAAAGAUAGAAAUGCUAAAAAGAACUUUUGUUAUCUAAAUACUAAAGAUAUGUCAAAGCCUUAAGGCAUGGGAUUUGGUGUUGAUGAAAAUAAAUUUAGAAUUUGGAUUGAUAAAGAUCUUAAUAAAUCCACAUGUUCAGCUGAGGAUCUGAGUUAUGAAAGCGGUGACCUUGUUCAUAAGCAUAUAAAAAAAUUGAAGGUUUUGAUUUUCUGCAAAUUUAGAUCUCAGUGAUUGAAGUCUGGGGAAUUGUACACCCUGCUAUUGAAGAAUAAUUGGAUGAGCAAAAAAUUGCAAAUACUGAAGCAGAGUUUUAAUAAUUUGAAAUCAAUACCUAUGAUGAAGUAGAAAGUUAACCCUUAGAGUAUUAAAUUAAUAAAUAAUUAGAUCAAAGGCUGAUUAUUAUUGGUCUAAUAAAUAACAAGAAGUGAAGCUUGAAACCACAGGUACUAAUGGCUUUUACUGGAAUAAUGCAUAAACUGUUAACCCAACUCUUCAAUAUCAUUCAAAUCUUACAAAAAGUCAACCCAUUAUUAAUCCAUAUUCAAAUUAGGGCUUAUCAUUUGAAGAGUAAAAAAUUGCUGAUUAACUUGUUGGAAAAAAUAUAAAUAAUUUUAAUUAGUAAUAAGAAGUGGUUACCCAAACUAUAAUAACAAGAAGAAGCAAUCUAUAAAGGCCAGUUUUAGAUUUUAAAUAGAAAAAAACAUAUGAACCAGUUACCAUACCUAAGAAGUAGGAAAUUAUCGUUGAAACAGGAACUGAAAAGCAGUAAAAUAUUUGAUAUUGAAAUUAGUGAAAUUUUUGGAACUAACAUAAUUGAAUCAUAAUAUCCUAGAUAGACAACAAAUGAAAAAGUAUAAUCAACAACUUCAAGUUGGAAUCAGUCAAAAGGAAGAAAAACUGCUGACUAAAUCAUUUAAGACUAUGAAUCAAGAAAAAGCAAGAGAAAUUAUUGA